GUCGGCCAAUGAGAUAACACGAGCAUUUCGUCUUUACUGCGAAUUGUUCCUUAUGUGACAUGGCGUCUGAUAGAAAAGUUUCUUCGUAAACCUAUUCUAGCGUUAUUAUUAUUUUUAUGACAUCUUUUGGCGAGUCGGCUUAUUGUACAAGCCACAAACAUUUCUUAGAGAUUUGCAUUGAUGGUAAUGCAUGCAAGGAAAACGCAGCGGAUGAACGAUGGGUACUUCGAGAAGCACCAAACCCAUCCCUAUCAGAGUUCGAAGUACAGUUCGUCAAAAAGCUAUGGAUCGGGUAAUGAGAGAUACGAGAGGAUACGCGACUCCCCCAAUGGAAACUAUCGUUCGGACAGUCCGGAUUCUCAAUCGCCCAGGGACCGGGACAGAUCUUAUCAAUCUAAAAGCUCCUACCUGCAGAAAGUACGUGAAAAGGAGAGAGAAAACAGAGACUAUAAGAUGUCGAGGGACAAGUAUUCGGAUAGUGCCAGAUCACCAAAGGAUAAGCGCAGCGUUAGAGAUUCCGAUCACCGAAUUAACUCGGAUAGGAAUGAUGAUAAAAGUAUCUUGCAUCCGAUAAAAACGUCACAGUUAUCCUCGAGAGAUAGGAAACCUUUGCAUAACAACUGUCUGGAUAAGGUAAAGAGAGAAGAAAGAGAUAGAGUCAACAGAGUGGGCGAUUGGUCAGAGCACGUCAGUUCAUCGGGCAAGAAGUAUUAUUAUAAUUGUAAAACGGAGGUGUCCCAAUGGGAGAAGCCGAGAGAAUGGAUAGAGAGAGAACGCGAGCGAGAUCGCUUCAGAAGUAGAGACAGGGACAGAGAAUCUGAUAGAAUUUAUGGUGGUUCUGGACGUUCGACGCAGAGACACGAUAAACAUUCCAACUCACGAGCGGCGAACAGCAGCAGCAGCAGUAGUAGUAAGGAACACAGGACAGAGAGCGCUACCAGCAGCCGGCAUUGGAGCAGCGGUAGCAGUAGAGAUGACGGCGAUUCCUCGUCGAAAGAAUCUUCUAGAUUGUUAAGGAAGCAUUCUGAGGAAAAUAUCCAAACGACCCAAGAUAUGGAUAUUUCGCCGGGCGACAGUACGCCCACUUCGGAAGUGUCCUAUUCGACAAAUACAUCUCAAACAAACGACCAACCUAGCACAGUAGGGCCAGUACUGCUAGCAAACGCCCUGCCGAAACUCGCUUCGCAUCCGAUCCACGUACCGUCGACGCCCGUCGUAAGGACGGAAGCGUCGCCCCAAAAUACGCCAGUAGCGUCUGCGAUAACAAUAUCCAAUUCGCCGGGUCCUCCGAACGCCAGCAUGAGCUUAACCGCUUCGAUGGCCUCCAUUCCGAGAAUGAUGUCGCAAUCGAUGAUGACAUCGGAUAGUAAUUCGUCGGAAAAGAUUUUACAGAGAUCGGUGGGAGAUAGUGCAGUGCUCGCUACUCUUACUGUAGACACUAACAAUCAUUCGGGAAGUGUUGUUGAAGGCCCUCCGACGCCUACUCAUUCGGAGACGCCAGAUUGUGCAAAGGCUGCUGUAGUACCUGUUAGUAGUCCACCAGGAAGUUUACCAACGUUGCAAGGUGUAUCUAGUUCGUUACAAGCGUUACGACCACAGGGGCCCACUAUCACACCAUCAUUAGCUAAUCACUAUAGGGAUGAUUUGGUAAAUCACGUAAGGGGAUGGCCAGCCGAAUUAUUAGAAAAGGAGGCGCAAAAGUUGGCGGAAGAGGCACACAUUUUGGGCAGUAUACAAUGUUCUAAAGUCUCGGCUGAACUGAAGUCUGCGAGGUCAAUAGUUCGACUAACCGAAAUCCAAGCGACAUUACAAGAACAGAGAAUAUUAUUUUUACGUCAGCAAAUUAAGGAAUUAGAAGAGUUAAAGUCACAAAAUUCAUUUAUGUCAGAUGAUACUUAGUAGUGAAUUAUUACAAGAUUUAGUCAUAUGGUCAACAAAACAACUUCAAAGAAAACUUUAUUUUAAGUUUACUUGUUUAAUUUUUUAAUUUAUUCAAACAUUGUAUAUUUUAUAUUUUCCAAGUUUUUUUCAACGUCCUUCUAGAUGGGCCUAUCCGGCAUUUUAUAAUUUAAAUAAUUUAAUGGAAUAAUAAAGACUAUCUUCUAGGUAGAAUGAUGUGACCUUGAAUUUGUAUUAUAUUGGUUUUAUGUUUUAGAUUUAGAUAAAUUAAUUAAUAUAAUAUAGACCAUAGUUUUUCAAUUGUGUAUAUUUUCAUUUGUUAUUUUUGUAAUUUAUAAUAACUUAAUUCGACUAAAUGUUAAGUAAUAUUUUUAUAAUUUGAUAUUUUUGUCGCUGUAAUUUCAUUUUUAAUGUUAAAUAUAUUUUUCUUUGCGAUUUGGUGUUAUUUAAUAGUAUUUAUUGAAUCGAUUGUCUCUAAAGCAAGUAUGUUGACGAUGCGCUGUAUAAAUCAAAUGAAAAUAUACACUCGAGAAGGCAACAAAAACGUCGGGUUAUUUUUAACGGCAUAUUAACUCCGUCUUGUCGCAUGUAUUGAUGGAAAGAGGAGAUUCUAGGAUGGAAUAAUGCAUUUCAAGUGGUUUUUCGAAUUUUUCAAAAUUGCUGGAGCACUCGUAUCUCAUUUUCACCCAGUUGGAAUUUUGAUGUUCCCUUCGAAGAGGCCAAAUUAUCCGCUUUUUAAGAAACGUGUUGCCUUUUGCCGUUAUCAGUUACUCCUAUUGCAAAUGUUGCGAGCUAUUCUCCAAAUAACUAGACGUCUACAAAUUAAUCUUGUGAUAUAAAUCCUGUUGAAAGUGGAACUCUGUUUUAUUUUUUAAUUUCUGUAAUUGUCGAAUUCUCUUUAUUCAGUACGUAUUUAUAGUACAUAGUUAUGAAUUAACUGUGACAACAAGUAAUUGUAAAACUAAAACAGUGUGCCACAGUUGGAUGGUUCGAUUCUGUUAAUGUUUGAAGUAAUUGUCGCAUUUGAAAACACGUUAAUUUCGUACUAUCGAAUUAGGUUUUUAUUUUUUUAAGCUGACUUUAAAUGAGACAAUUAUUGUUGAAUCUUGUAUUUCAUUUGGAUCCUGAAAUCGGCGUAUGUGCUACAGAUGUGCAAGCUUCGUUUUCUUUGAUGAAUUUUAGCUAAUUUUAAGGCUUUGAAAUCGAGCAAUUUUUAACGUAACGUGACGUGAUUAUCGGAUGUAAAGUAUUUGUAAUAUAUACUGCGCUUUUUUAUUUGAAAUUUACACAUUAAGUAAUAUCUGUUUCUUCUACGCCGAUGCUGGGACAGAUUUAAUUAUAUUUUCAUUUUCGAAGACAUUGAAAUUUUGUAUAAAUUCAAAACGAAUCUGACACGUAGAACUCUCCUUGCCUACUUAGUACAUUUUUCGGGUUCGGCUGAGGAAUUGUAUAGUUGUCUCAAUGUAUUUUGAGUGUAUGUCUGUUAUAUUUAAUCUUGUAAAAUUGAAAUGUUCCAAACAAGUAACAUUAAAGAACUUUUUAAUCUACGGAUAUUUUAUUCUUUUAAUUCGCUCUAUGAUAUUGUAAUACAUUUUUACAUGUUUUGGAGAUAUAAAAACCAAUAAAUUGC